GGGACUACAUAGACUACAUCCAUCCGACCAUCUCUCGCCAAUUUUUUUUGCAAAAAGGCCCAAAUUACCCAAUUUCCCUACAUUUUAGGGGUUUUUCAAAUUUGAGGGGUAGUUAAGCCGUGAUACCCAAGGCAAAUAAAACUAACCCAUUUCAAUCUCUCCUCCAUAAAAACACCUCCUUUUUCUCUCCAUUUUCCACCUUUUUUUUUUAAUUUAUUUUUGCUCUGUUUUCUCGAAAUCCACAACAAUGGCGUCCCUUCCAAUGGAGUUAAUCACCUCCAUUCUUACCCGAUUACCCACAAAAUCACUACUGCGCUUCAAAUGCGUUUCCAAGGCUUGGAAUUCCUUAAUCAGCAGCACCCAUUUAAUCGGACUUCACCUCGCUCACUCUCUCUCCUCUGACCGUCGUCUUCUUAUUCUCAACUAUGGAAGUCACCUGGAAUCGACGCCUUUGAAGUGGGGUUAUGAGCUUGAUGUUGAUAACGAUUUGAUGAGGUUUGAUUUACCCAGUUCCUUUUCUGGUUUUGAGGUUUCGAUUUGUGGGUGUUGUAAUGGAUUAAUUGCUUUGGUUUGUAGAAAUGUUGAUGAUCCUCGAUUGUUUAAGUUUAUUUUAUGGAACCCUUCUAUGAAUUCGUAUUUUGUACUGCCUUGUAUUCCCGUUGUUGGUGAUUUGUCUUCUGAGUUUAUGGGUGUUAGUUUUGGUUUUGGGUAUGAUUGUGGAAAUGAUGAUUAUAAGAUUGUUAGGAUUGUUGAUUAUUUUCAUCACAGGGAUGAUAGUAGUAGUGGCGGUGGCAGUGACAAUGAUGUGGAUUUCGAUGUCAAUGGUGGUGGCACUGACCUUGCCGAAGAUGAGGAUGGUAGUGAUGGUGAUAAUGAGGAUGACGGUGGCGGUGUCGAUGUCGAUGGUGAUAAUGAUGCUGAUGGAAGUGAUGGUGAUAGCAGUGACGAAUGUAGUAUUGGUUUCAUAUACAAGGAAGUUAUGGUGUAUAGUUUGAAAGAGAAUUGUUGGAAAAUGAUUCAUGUUGCAUAUUUUGGUGAUGAGAUGAAAUGGUUUUGCUCUGGUGCAGUCCUUAAUAACUGUAUAGUUCAUUGGAUUUUCUGGAAGUAUAGGAAAAGAGAGCCUCGGCUUCGCGGGUUUGAUUUGUCCUCCUUUAAGUGGACUAAAUUGGCCUUGCCGGAUUUCAGAGGAAAGGAGAAGAUAGACUGUUCUGAUGAUGAUGAUACAUUGUCUAAGGCUGAGUUCGAAAGUAGUGAUAUCGUUGCCUUAGGUGUUUUGGAUGAAUGUUUGAGUAUAGUGACUCGAUUUUGCCCUGAAUUUGACAAUGCUUAUGUUUGGGUUAUGAAAGAGUAUGGUGUCGAAGAUUCUUGGACUAAAUUGUUUAAUGUCACAGAGGCUAGCUUAGUUGGUCCAUUGCUGAGUUCUCCACUAGCUUCUUUCAAAGGAGGAGAUGAAGUUCUGUUGAGAAAAGCUGAUGAGGAUGGCCUUUGCUGGUAUGAUUUGAGGAGGAAAAGUAUUAAGGCUGAACGAAAUAUUCCGAGCAGCCUCAAGCUUCGCGAUGUUAAGCUUUGUGUCGAAAGCCUUGUUCCUGUUCCGGAGGUAAUUGAUGGAAGUGAUGAAGGCUCUUAGAUGGAAUGGAGGGUGAGGCAAAUGAUUGAUUGUUAAUCUUACAGUGUUAAAUUUGGCAGGAUAAUCAUGUUUCUCAUGCUAAUGAAUCUUUUUCAUAUAUUGGUCAUCUAUAGGUUGGUUAAGAACUCCUGGUUGUAGUGUUAUCCACUUAUCAUGCAUAAUUGCAUAUAUAAAGCUUUAAUAGAAAUUAUCUUUGUAUAUGAG